CUAUCCAUUCUCACCUCUCACUUUUAGUUCUGCUGGUACAGUAUCCUCUGGGGAGAGUGCUUAAAGAGUCGGGAGUCUCUUGGGAGUUCUGUCGUCCACGUCUCCUCUUCUGCUUCGCAUCUUUAUUCUUUGCCUGAUUUUUGCUUCUGCGGGUGCUGCUAUACUCAGGAAGAUCUUUGUUACUUCUCUUUACUUCAAGACUGGACUGGAGGUGGUUUCAGAAACACAGCCCAGGUCUCAAAGUUUUUCCUUGUCGAUAGUAAUUUUUUUCUUGGACUAUCCCAGUUAGUUUGUCUUAAACUAUCCCAGUUAGUUUGUCUUGGACUAGUACAGUCUCCAAUCCUGGGUUUUAGAUUUGACCAGCCGUGGGCUCAGAUCCAGAGACCUGACAUGGCGAUGCUGAGAUUUUGGGUUCUGUGUCUGUGUGUGAGUGUUCUCAGUGUAGGCGUUCUAACUCUGAUCCCCCAAAAACACGAGAUAGAAAAUGAGGUACAACACGACGUGGAACAUGUGCAUGGAACAUGGACCAUGGAACAUGAAGCGAGGGAACCCGAUAGAAUCUAUGCAGACACUCUAGCAACCCACCAACCUGCCACAUACAGUCCUAUAAUGGACACACAUGCCACAGUCCCAACUCUGACGGACAUACCUCUUACAGAAACAACUGUGAUAGGUACAGCUAUUACGGAGUCAGAUGUACCUGUGGUCGCCACAUGUCUUUCAUCAGUGUCUCUCUCAGCCCUACCCCUCACCUCAUUACCGAAUGAUGAAGAAGGCAGGGAUCAGGGAAAAGGCAGGGAGGACGAGAAUCCAAGAAUUGAAGAGGAGGAGGAGAAGGGGAGAGUGGCGGAUGAGCAGAUGAGAAAGGACAGAGAGAUGGAGGCGAGCAGAGGGAGGAGAGGAGUGACGGGAAGGAGACAUGCAGCAACUGUAGAGGCCACUGCAUACAGAGUGGCAGGUCUGGGGCGCCCCCUACCUGGCUGGAAGAAGCGAGGCACAAAUGGGGGAGCUGAACAGGAAGGUGUUCUCAGGACCACCCUAAAGGAACUACACAGUGAUAAGGACAGACUGAUGGACACAGAGAAGGCAGAGGAAGAGGAAGAUGAGGAGGAAGAAGAAGACGAUGAAGAUGAAGAUGAUUCUGAAGAGGAGGAAGAGGAGGAGGAGGAAGAGGAAGAGGAGGAGGAAGAAGAGGGGACAGAGUCUCCCACCAAUCAGACAGUAGCAAGGACCAGCUUCACAGAGUCUCUCCCAGGGACGUGUCAAACGUCUAACGGCCAAAUCAGCUGCAGGGGUGUUGGCAUGAAUCACCUCCCAAUCAUCACCGACCUUGGGGUCACGACCCUGGACCUGGCAGAGAACAACAUCAGUCUUAUUGCCUCGCGGGGUUUCUCUGGUCUUCCCAACCUGGAGAGUAUAGAUCUGAGCAAAAACCGACUGGAUGACGACUCACUCAGCCACCACCUCUUCUCUAAUCUGACCCGGCUGAGGAGGCUUAACCUAGAUGAUAACCAGCUGACACGGAUCCCACUGCUGCCACCGUCACUGGAGGAGCUCAAGAUGAAUGACAACAAGAUCACCAGACUCACCCCCUACAGCUUCAAAGGUCUGUUCCAUCUGUUGUCUCUGGAGCUAGAGGAGAACCUUUUCCAUGACGGCAACAUGUCCCCUUUGACCUUCAAGCCGCUGAGGAGGGUCCAGUACCUGCGCUUGGACACGAACAGGUUCCGCUCCCUCCCCCUCGGCCUGCCCCGCUCCCUACAGGAGCUGAGGAUGCGUGAUAACCAGUUACAGGAGGUACCAGAGGGGGUUCUGAGUGAAUUGGCCAAACUGAGAGUUUUAGACCUUAGUCACAACCUGCUGCAUGAGGGCAGCAUCUCAAACCGGGCCUGGGUCAAACUAACUUCUCUUGAAGCCUUGGACCUCUCUCAUAACAGCCUCACCUCAGUCCCCCUCUACCUACCCCGCCCUCUGCGUCAGCUGACCCUGCAACACAACUCAAUUGGUCGAAUCCCUGCGUAUGUCUUUGGCCACCUGCGCCCCGGCCUAGAGUCCCUCCGUCUAUCCCACAAUGCACUAGGGGACGAAGGAGUGCAAGGAGUUUCUUUUGUGGGCAUGUACCGAUCGCUUGUUGAGCUCCUAUUGGACAAUAACCGUCUGGGUGCGGUGCCUCGCAGUGUGUGGCAGUUUAGGAACCUGCAGGUGCUGAGGCUCGACUACAACCAAAUCAGGUCUGUGGCGGUGGGGUCGGUGUGUCACUCUCGUGUGGCGGUGCGUUCGGCCCUGGCCUCUCUCCACCUGGAGAACAACCUUAUAGAGGAAGAGAUCCCCUCCACUACCUUCAACUGUAUUCAAGACCCCAGUAGUGUGGUCACACAGCCCCAGGAACACAUACACGAAGUGUAGACCAGCUUCUCCAUUUAUAGAUGUUCCACUGAACCAUCAUUAAACCUCCCUAUUUCCCCACCUCCCUUUCUUCACUAAUCACCUAUGUCUUCUAGUCAUGUAUGUAAACUCGUGUUUGUGAUGUCUCAGUCGAUGAUGAUGAUGGUGAUGGUGAUGAUGAUAAAGAUACUAAUUUGUAUCAGUACAGUUGUGUUACUCUAACUGAAAUGAAACUACUGAUUUCUGUUUAUGUAACUGCUCUAGCGGUUGAGAGAAAAUCUGAAAUAACAGCUAUUCCAUCCUGUGUAUUUAAGGGUCUGGGGGAGGUUAGUCUUGGGGCAGGUUAGACGUAUACCAGGGAUAACAGGGUAACAGUGUCAGUGGGAGAUCUGAGGGAACAUUGGGAAAGAAUAUAAACAUCAUACAUGUUCUCCACCCUGAGUCCAGCCAUAUAAACAUCUCCAGCAGCA